UUUUGAGACAAUCAGUGUUAAGUUGAAAUGAGGCCUAUUUUCUGUGGAAACUUUGAGUAUGAUGCUCGCCAGUCUGAUCUUGAAAGACUCUUCAGGAGAUAUGGAAAAGUUGAUCGUGUUGAUAUGAAGGCUGGUAAGUCUGUUUUGCCUGGACUAUGUUCUUUUAGGAGCACGCCAUUAAAAGCUGUCAGAUAGUUAACUCUUCGAAGAUAAUUUUGACUGCUGUAUAUACCAAACAACUAGGUUGUUGGAAAUUUGGUUUCACUUAAAAAGGAACACAAGCAAAAACGUAUAUAUAGUUUUUUAUUUCAGCUUGCCGAAAAUGUCAAGCUGCAUAACAUAAUUAGGCUAUUUUCCCUUGCCAGAUGAGACGGCUAAGAAAUUCCUAUUUUUUCGUUCUUCUUGAAUGACUUCAAUAAGACUGUCAAUUCCAUGCUGCUGAAACACUAAUUUAGUAUUUACAAUUUGUACUAGUUAUGUGUUUGUUUCGAAUUGACAAUCUACUACCAUCCAUAUCCAAGGUUAGUGAAUACACAUCUACAAUAAUUGUUUUGUGACUGGAGUAUUGCUGAUUGUCUUGCUAAGUCGAUGGUCUUCAUACCACAACAUCAAGCAGAUUGGAAAUGUGUUGAAUUGGUGAAUACACGUUUUAUAAGGAAAUUGCAAAAUAUUCAGAAACCAGUGUUGUCAAGCUUGUGGAGAGUUCAGCACACGAGGGAGCUGCUUUCAGCAAAGAAUACUGCCCAAACAUGCUCUUGACAGCAAUCUUUCCUUGUUGAGGUUACAAUGCAAUUUCCAUGCAAUUCAUGGCUGAUGGACGGUUCUUCUGCAUUUCAUUUCCUGGCAGUGACAAGUAUCCUCUUCUUUUUCCUAGAAGAGCCUCAAUCAUCCAUGGCAUCACAAUCUCACAUUUCCCCAAGUCAUCUUGCCUUCAUUUGUCAUGACCUUUGUCCAGCCUUCAUUUUUCCAUGUUACACUUGCAGACCUCGAAGCUGAGGCAGCAGAAUAAAAUGGAGAAGGCACUAUCUUUUCAUUGUUAUGUCAUGAGACAUCCACCUUUCGAUAGUUGUUUCUUGACAUCGCUUAGUUCACUAACAAGGUCUGUUGCUGAUUCUACUGGUCGGUAGUUUCUAGAUAGUGAAGUUGGUCUUUUUUGUUAUCAGGUGACAGGGUUGAUGAUUUUCUCAGUUGCAGACUGAAAAUUGUUUCAAAUGCAGCGAUCAUUUCACUGAAGCAGUCUUCACAUAUAUUAAUUUUUAUUAACAUAAUAGGUAAUGAUCUAUUAAUAGAGAGAUGUUUUAUGGAUUUCAGGUUUUGCUUUCAUUUACAUGGAGGAUGAGAGAGAUGCGGAUGAUGCAAUUAGGGCACUUGACCGCAUUGAAUUUGGCAGAAAGGGACGUAGGCUGCGUGUUGAGUGGACAAAGCAAGAACGUGGUAGCAGGAGGCCUGAGAGUUCGAGAAAGCCUCCGUCUAACUCGAGACCCUCGAAAACUUUAUUUGUAAUAAAUUUUGAUCCGUACCAUACAAGGACAAGAGAUUUAGAGAAACAUUUUGAUCCAUAUGGAAAAAUUCUGAAUGUGAGGAUGCGCAAGAAUUUUGCCUUUAUUCAGUAUGAAUUGCAGGAGGAGGCAACCAAAGCUUUGGAUGCCACAAACAUGAGUAAACUGUUCGAUCGAGUUCUCAGUGUUGAAUAUGCUAUCAAGGAUGAUGAUGAGAGGCGAACUGGAUAUGGCCCAGGCCCAACUCGUGACAGAUCUCCAAUGAGAGGCUAUGACCAACGUCGUUCUCCUAGUCCCUACAGGAGAGAGAGGGCAAGUCCAGACUAUGGUCAUGGCCGCAGUCCAAAUCCAUAUCGUAGAGAGCGGGCAAGUCCUGAUUAUGGUCGUAGGGCAAGCCGCAGCCCCAGUCCAAAGGAAAGGAACUCUAAAUAUGAUCUUGGGCAUAGUCCAAGUCUCAGGAAGGCAAGGUACUCUGAUUACAGCCCUAGACAAAGCCCAGUUACUCAAAGAGAUGGGCCCAAUGGUGACGAUGCCCGUGGACUCAGUCCUGGGGAGAUUGCAACUCCAGAUUAUGGUCAUGGUCCAAGUCCAAGCCCUCCAAGAGAGCGAAAAGAGAGGUUUACCCCCGAUGGUUAUGAUGAAGAUAAAAGCCCAAAUUCUAAGCCUGCGCACAUGGAUAGUCCCGCAUAUAGUGAUACAGAAGUCCCCCCAUCUGAGCAGUACGAAAAUUGAUCAUCAGAGCACCUCGAAGAUGUGGAUCUUGAUUAGAAUACAUCUGAUCUUCCACGUCUGGAUCCGACGUCUUGCAGUCAACAGUUUGCCUAGUAUCACCACUUUUGAUAUAUAUAUAUAUAUAUAUAUAUAUAUAUAUAUAUAUAUAUAUAU